CACUUGGAGAUUUAAUUUUGUUUAAUUUUAUCUAGUGGCGUUCCGUGGAAGACCAGAGGUUCGUAUUUCGUAACUAUAUAGCCAUGAUUAGCCGACGACAGGAUAGGACCCAAACCAACCUUGACGAAACAUCCCUUUAUACAUCGAGGAAGGAAACCAAAAUCCAAUUAUUCUUCUCCUCUCAUCCUUGAAUCCUUCGCAACUUGGACUGAGGUAAUUUCCCUUACCCACCCAUAGCUUUUGCUUGCUAAAGGAGUUUUAGGAAUUCCUAGUCCCCGCAAGUUUGGGCCUGCUGAUUUCCCAAGGAAAUUCAAUUUUAAUUGUUAGCUUUCUGCUCGGUACUCUCUCGAUCACCAAUCUGACUGCGCGAGGUUGCUUUUAGCUGUUGUUCCUUCGUGAUUUUGUGCUUGGCCCUUCAGAAAUUGUUCAAGUUAAUUUGGGGUUUUGAGUUCUUAGAGUCUCUGUUGUUUCUUCAAUAAUUGGCUCGGUGGAUCUCUGGGGGAGUAUCUUUGACUUGCCAAGUUCUCCCAGAUUAUGAUUGCCUAAGGCUGAUUGAUUGAGAGGAUUCCCAGUUUAAAGUUUCGAUCUUGAUUUUAAUUGCCGGUUUCUUCAGGUGUAAUCAUGGAUCGGAGAGUUGAACUCUUUUUCCUCCUUGUGUUGGUUGGUGCCUGGGGCUGCUCUGCCAGACAAUUCAUAACCCUUGAGCUUCCUGUCGACAAGGAAGCAUCAGUGGAAAUCCAGAAGCAAGGAAGUGGAAUUCAUGCUGCAGACGUGGCGAAGAAGGACCAAGUAUGCACGAUAUGUGAGCAGUACAGUGCUCAGGCUCUAGAGUACAUUUCUAAUAACAAGACACAGACAGAGAUUAUAGGACUCCUUCAUCAAACGUGUGCUCGUUUUCCCCCAUAUAAGACUGAGUGCAUCAGUUUGGUAGACUAUUAUGCUCCACUCUUCUUCUUGGAGGUUUCUUCUAUCAGUCCUGAAGAUUUCUGUAGAAAGGUGGACCUUUGCCAAAAGGUUGCAGCCAUUGCCGCAAAAAUCGAAGAAGAUGCUUGUGGAAUUUGCCACAAUACUGUUUCUGAAGUAAUGGCCAAGUUGAAAGAUCCCGAAACUCAGUUGGAGAUAAUUGAGCUGCUAUUAAAGGCUUGCAACUCCAUGGAUAGUCGCAAGGCACAGUGCAAGAAACUGGUGUUUGAGUAUGGUCCUGUGAUCCUUAUAAACGCAGAACAAUUCCUGGAGAAGACAGAUAUAUGCACCGUUCUGCAUGCUUGCACGAAUCAACCAUCAUCAGUUGUUGUGGCCGACUCAUGAAGAGGAUCCAACAAGGAAUGAUCGCAACUGAUAAUGAAGGGCCUGUAGACUGACUGUUGUUACACGUUUCGUUAAGGGUGCCAUUCUUAUUACUAUUAUUAUUAUUAUGCCACAUGGACACAUGCUUUGGUUUAAGUAUAUGUGUAUAUUCAUUGCGACGUUUGGAAUUGGUAGCCGGAUCACGAUAUCCUUCCUAUCCAUGUAACAGCUGUGUAUAUGUGUAAACUCGCGCUGCGGGGUUAACCGGGGCAAUUCGAGUUGUUAAGAUAUGCUUGUUCGCAUCAACGGGUCUGUUACAAAAAAAAAUGGCUACAGCAUACUACUGGUCUUGGCAUAUAUCAUAUAUGUAUGUUAUUACUAGAUUGUACCCCGGCCCGUUGGUCGGUUACAAUACUAUAACAGUAAUCAACAACAAUUUGAAGA